CGGCCGGUCGUAUCGCGGCCUACACCUACCCUAAACCCCGAUUCGAUUCAAAUAUAAAUCGAUAUCCAUUCGAACAAAUUAUCAACAAAUUAAAUUCUAAAAACAAAAUCAGUGUUCGAUGUAUUACAAAACCUGACGAUACCCAAUCGUUACUGCCAUGAUUAUAACAACGAAGAUUUAUUUCUGUGAUUCGUGUUUGUGAAUUAUGUUAACGUGUGCUUAAUAUAAUUAGAGGAUUUUUACGAAGACGAUAGUUGAUAUGUUUUGCACUUAUUUCUGAAGUCGUUAAACUACUAUUAUCAUCAGGAUGAGAGGAACAAAUGCUGUCUGCCUCGUUUUAUUGUUUGGUCAUCUCUCCGCUUUACCAGAUACGAUACGAAUAGGGGGUCUUUUCCACCCCGAAGAUGACAAACAAGAGGUCGCAUUCCGUUACGCUGUGGAGAGGGUUAACGCAGACCGCGCAAUACUGCCCCGAGCCAAGUUACUGGCGCAAGUUGAAACUAUAUCGCCACAAGACAGCUUCCAUGCAUCGAAACGAGUAUGCCAUCUACUUCGAAGCGGCGUGGCAGCCAUCUUUGGCCCACAAUCGGCUCCUGCAGCGGCUCACGUGCAAUCAAUUUGCGAUACAAUGGAACUGCCACACUUAGAAACCAGGUGGGAUUAUCGUACACGACGAGAAUCCUGUCUCGUCAACCUCUAUCCCCAUCCGGCGGCACUCAGUCGGGCUUAUGUAGACCUGGUGCGGGCUUGGGGGUGGAAAUCGUUUACAAUCGUGUACGAGAACAGCGAUGGGUUAGUCCGCUUGCAGGAAUUAUUGAAAGCCCACGGUCCCUCCGAACUGCCCGUAGCUGUCAGACAACUGCCCGAUUCACACGAUUACAGGCCGCUUUUAAAACAGAUAAAGAACUCAGCAGAGUCUCACAUAGUGCUCGACUGCGCCACAGAGAGGAUUAGGGACGUUUUGCAGCAAGCGCAACAGAUCGGUAUGAUGUCGGAUUACCACAGCUACCUCGUGACAUCUUUGGACCUUCAUAGCGUCGACUUGGAAGAAUUCAAAUACGGUGGAACAAAUAUAACGGCUUUGAGACUUCUUGAUCCUGAACGAGCUGAAGUUCAGAGAGUCGUUCGAGACUGGGUGUACGAUGAAGCGAGAAAGGGACGGAAGCUGCAACUAGGACACACUUCGGUAAAGGAGAAUAUGACUUUUAUAAAGACAGAAACCGCGUUGAUGUAUGACGCGGUACACUUAUUUGCGAAAGCGUUACACGACCUUGACACUUCGCAACAAAUCGAUGUAAGACCGCUGUCAUGCGAAGCCGAAGACACAUGGCCCCACGGGUACAGCCUCAUUAACUACAUGAAAAUUGUCGAAAUGAAGGGCUUAACGGGAGUUAUAAAGUUUGAUCAUCAAGGAUUCAGGAGUGACUUUACUCUCGAUAUCAUCGAACUUACGAGAGAGGGUCUCCAGAAAGCGGGAACUUGGAAUUCCUCAGAGGGUGUUAAUUAUACAAGAUCGUAUGGAGAUAACCAAAAACAAAUAGUUGAAAUACUUCAGAACAAAACGCUCAUCGUUACUACAAUUUUGAGCGCGCCAUACUGCAUGCGUAAGGAGGCUAGCGAGAAAUUAACAGGAAACGCACAAUUCGAAGGCUAUGCCAUUGAUCUCAUACAUGAAAUAUCAAAAAUUCUCGGCUUCAAUUAUACGUUCAAACUUGCGCCUGACGGUCGAUACGGGUCCUAUAACCGAGAGACGAAAGAGUGGGAUGGCAUGAUACGGGAACUGUUGGAGCAAAGAGCGGAUGUGGCGAUUGCGGACCUUACUAUCACUUAUGACAGGGAGCAGGUCGUGGACUUCACAAUGCCUUUCAUGAAUCUUGGGAUUUCGGUACUUUACCGUAAACCUAUUAAGCAGCCGCCGAACCUGUUCUCCUUUUUGUCCCCCCUGUCUCUAGAUGUAUGGAUUUAUAUGGCGACCGCAUACUUGGGCGUAUCGGUACUGCUCUUUAUAUUGGCCAGGUUUACACCAUAUGAAUGGCAUCAAACGCAUACACCGGACGGUGAAAAAUUGGAAAAUAUCUUCUCUCUAUCAAACUGCUUGUGGUUUGCAAUCGGAUCCUUAAUGCAACAAAGCUGUGACUUUCUACCCAAGUUCAGCCCGUACGAGUGGGACAACCCCCGGAACUGUCUAGACGAGCCGCCGGUGCUGGAGAAUCAGUUCACACUGUUGAACUCGCUGUGGUUCACUAUCGGAUCCUUGAUGCAGCAAGGUUCGGAUAUCGCACCGAAAGCGGUGUCAACUCGGAUGGUGGCAGGAAUGUGGUGGUUUUUCACAUUGAUCAUGAUAUCCUCGUACACUGCUAACUUAGCAGCAUUCCUGACUGUGGAACGAAUGGACUCGCCAAUUGAAAGUGCUGAAGAUUUGGCCAAACAGACUAAAAUUAAAUAUGGCGCUUUAAAGGGUGGAUCGACAGCGGCUUUCUUUAGGGAUUCUAAUUUCUCGACCUAUCAACGCAUGUGGUCCUUCAUGGAAUCGGCCCGGCCCUCUGUAUUCACAAGUAGCAACAAGGAGGGGGAAGAGAGGGUAAUGAGGGGCAAAGGAGCUUACGCGUACCUCAUGGAGUCCACUACGAUUGAAUACGUUGUUGAACGGAACUGCGACCUCACGCAAGUGGGAGGAAUGUUGGAUUCUAAGGGAUAUGGAAUUGCUAUGCCGCCAAACUCACCAUACCGUACUGCCAUAAGCGGAGCUGUUUUAAAACUGCAAGAGGAAGGAAAAUUACACAUAUUAAAAACGAAAUGGUGGAAAGAAAAACGCGGCGGAGGAUCCUGCAGAGAUGAAACAUCGAAAUCUUCAUCAACCGCGAACGAAUUGGGUUUGGCGAACGUGGGGGGCGUUUUUGUAGUAUUGAUGGGUGGCAUGGGCGUCGCCUGCGUCAUCGCCGUCUGCGAGUUCGUGUGGAAGUCGAGGAAAGUCGCGGUUGAUGAACGGAAGGAAGAGGCCUCGCUUUGUUCGGAAAUGGCAUCCGAGUUGCGUUCAGCGUUGAAGUGUCCGAGUGGAGGGAGCGGGGGUGCGGGUGGGCCGCGCGAGGGGGCGGACUCCCCGUACUUGCACUAUGGGUUCAGUACAAAGAGUCAGCUGCACUAGCGCCCGGACACCGCCUCCUCGCCUCCGAGCGAUGUGUAGGCAAAGACUCUACUAGAUCUGAGUGUCUAACUCAUUCAUGUUCCCUUCCCGUCUAUAAGGGUUUCUAUGCCCCGUGUCUUUGUUAUACUUUUGUGAAAAUGUCUGUUAAUGAUGACCAAUGAGACGUCGAUUUGACAAUGUUUUGAACAACGUUGAACUUCACGGUAAAUUUCGCAGUUUUAACGUGUAAUUAAUUUUGUAACGAAGUACUUUUAGGGGCGGUUUCACUGAAAUACUCGACAGUUUAUUUGUAAUUCAAUAAGUCACUAACAUUUUUAGUUAGUAGACUAUUUCAGGUAAAUACGAAAACUUUAAGUAACGCGAGUUUGCGAUUUUUGUUAAUAGAAUAGAAGUUAUGGUUAAUGACGUUCUGAAGAGUUAUUGGUACAGAAAUUGCCAACUAUUUCAGUAGUUGCCUCUCGACUUCAUUGACACUAUGUACUGACAUGAGUCUAGCGUGUAAAUACACCAUAUCGUGUAACGGUUUAAGAUACAAUAAUAUUGUUGUGAAAAUUUCGUGUCUAAAUUUUAGUAAUUAAUUUUAAUUGAUUCGCCAAAUUGGAUAAAUGUGCCAAUCGUGUGUUUUGUAAAUAUCUAUACCGGUAGUGAUAUUCAUGUUUCUGACUAACUUUUAUAAGUAGCGAAUUUGAUAUGUAAACUAUUUAUCGAAGUGUAAAUAUGUCAUGUCCGUAGAACCGCCAUAUAUUUUGAGGAUUAAAUGAAACAAAAGAGAUUCUCAAUACGUCGGUCAAUUUUUUUAU